AUCAAUCACUCGCCUUGAUUUCUUGCACACGUGCUUGAAGUUAGAGGUGAAGAUAUUACGUAUACGAUAUAAAAACUGUUUAAAAAGAUUAUAGGGUGAAAAGACAUACUGUAUAUGUUAUUUAUAUCUCAGAUGUUGUCUUCAAGGAAAAUUGAAAGUGUAAAUAAGUUUUGAUAUUGAUAUUGUUUUAGAUAUAACUGAAUGGACUAGAGAUUGAUAAAAUUCGGAUGUCCACAUUUCAUGCACUACCAUGACACUGGGAAGUGUCUUAGUGAUCCUUGUGAAUUUUUGGACCGUCAGUUACGUGAGUACCACCCAUUGUGACGUAGUAGACACGGUGGACAACCAGUGGGUCAACGUUGACAGUCUCAGAACAGACAAGGACCCUCGAUAUCUGUCCGAAUCUGCCGCCAGCAGUAAGGAGGAUUGUCAACAAGCUUGCUGCCAGACAGACAAAUGUUCUGUGGUGGUAUUUGACAGCACACAGAACCAGUCGAACACGAACUGUUUUCUGCUGGCGUGUACUCAAGAACAGGAGUGUAUUUUUGAGGACAAAGAUGGCACAGUGACAUACGCUAUUGAUAAAAAGCACGAGGUUUCAGCUGAGUCUAAUACCAACACAAAAUCAGUCACAGCAGCACCGCCGACCCCACCCAGCAUUACAGAGAAACCAACAGCAACAUUCGCCUCAAAGACAACAACAACAGCCGCAUUAAAGAGAACAACAUUUGCUCCAAAGAGAACAACAACAACAGUCGCCCCAAAGACAACAACAACAGCCGCACCAAAGACAACAACAUUCGCUUCAAAGACAACAACAACAGUCGCACCAAAGACAACAACAACAGUCGCACCAAGGACAACAACAACAACGACAAAAACAACACAAAGUCCAACAGCAGCACCUGUUCUAUCAUCGAUGAAAAGACCAUCAACAACAAGUACUUCUCCAUCUACAUCUAAGGAAUCACCACUAACACCCCCACCACCACCGCCGCCGACAACAAAAACAAAACCAACAAACUCAUCAACAGCAACUACUGCGCCAACAACCAAAUCUAUUGCAACCAAUGCUACAAGCAACCAGCUUCUAAACACAACAUCAACACGAACAACGGUUUCUGUAGUAAUGACGAAGUCUCCUAAUGGUACGACUGUGUCAUCCACAAGUCAGGGGAGUCGGCCCAUGAUAUCUAGUGGCACCACCACUACCAACUCCAGUGACGUCACAGUUCAUUCGGAUUCUAUAGCAAGUAAUGUGACAACUGCUGAAUCCUUGACCAACAAGGAAACGAGUCAGCUUCUGAACACUACAUUGCCAGAACUUCACGAUUCGUUAUUAAACUCGACAGUUGCACAGAUUAAACCACCGCCAAUAUCAACACAACCAUUUAUUUCUGUACAAUUAUCACCAUCCUCAUCCUCAUUAUCUCCAUUAUCAACAACCAAAUCUUCAAAAACAACACAACGUCCUCAGUCAUCUUUACUAUCCACGAAAGGUCCAUCUAAUAACGCAUCAAUGUCUGUCACAAGAGAGACAAUAUCAACAACUUUGCCGACUGAGGCCUUCAACGCAAAUAUAACCAAUACCUCAGCGGAUCUUAAUACAACCAAAAAUACAUUCAUCGGUCGCCUUGACAAAGCGGACCAGCAGGAACCAUCCAAUGCCAUGAUUGGAGGUCUCAUAGCAUUGUUCUGUUUCGGGACAAUAUUUUUGUUAGCCAUAGUUGUCAUUUUCAGCAAGAAGUUGUUUGAAGUCUGGCAGCGUAGACAUUAUUCUCGCAUUGACUAUCUCGUGAACGGGAUGUAUAAUUAAAUGGAAUGCAGGAAUAGUAAAUGUUGAUAUCUCGUGAACGGGAUGUAUAAUUAAAUGGAAUGCAGGAAUAGUAAAUGUUGAUAUCUCGUGAACGGGAUGUAUAAUUAAAUGGAAUGCAGGAAUAGUAAAUGUUGAUAUCGGUGGACGUUAAUAAAUACUGACCGGUCCCUUAGCAGAUGCAAAUUUAUCAUAUUAGCAGAUUCGAAGUCAGAUUGUGCAAUCUUUGUAACAUACAUGUAGGAUUUAUAUCGCUUUCCGGUUUUAUAAAUUCAUUUGAAGCCGACAUUAAGGGUUUUCGGAAGAUUAAUAAGUUAUUACCUAUUGGUCUAAAUUUGAGAGUUUCUGACAAAUAUUAGGCCUAUAAUUUUUCAAGGGGGUGGGAGGGCAGGUGGAAGGACUGUUUGAUAUAAAAAGAAAUUAAAAGAACGGAGAGGAAUUUCAAAUAAUUAUUGACAAGCAAGCAAUUUAAAAAAAAUUGAAAUAAUAAUAAUAAUAAUAACACCCCAAAUGCAUGGAAAUAAGAAUUGAAACCUAAAUAGUGUUAUUAUUCCCUAACUUCGAAUUCAAAAUAUAUGGGGGGGGGGGGUAAGUAAAAACAAAGAAAAAAUGAACUUAUCAAAAAAGUAGGACCCCCCACCUCCACCCUGGUUCUACGUGCCUGGUUUUUAGAGUAUAAUUUCGGAAACAUUGACUAUGAUAUCGAAAACAAAUACUCAUUGACAAUAGAGAAAUUGAUUUAAAAAAAAACAACUAAAAAAAAAAAUAGAUAAAUAGAAAGAAAAAAAAAAGGAUUUUGAUACUCAUUUAAUAUUUACCCCCUUUACCCCCUUUGAAGAUUGUUCACAAUACAUUGACUAUAAACCGUAGGACAUUAUCACUUUAACGAUAGAACAUCCUAUCUAAAGUCGCUAACAACUGUACCUUCCCCUCAUCCUUAAACACCCAAAUAGCACAGCAUUUCGUGUCUAUGUUAGCAGCAAGAAUAUCGCCAAUUGUAUGAUAAAUAUUUAUUUCUAUCAAUGCUUUUUUCAGUGAUGAAAUACCAUCUGUUUCAUUGACAAGAACGAUAUAGGUAUCGUUUCUGUCAUCAGUGGUCAUAUCUGUUUACAUGGUAUUUAAAAAUAUGAAAUAAAGAUAUUUUGCAAAACAAA